AUGUCGCACGGCUUCAGACAGGAUAUGCCCCCUCCGGGAGGGUACGAAGCUAUCAAAUAUAAACGAAACCUUCCUAUUCGUGGACCUGGGGGAGCUGUCAUUUUCGGUGCAGUGGGACUUAUAUGUGCAUUCGGGUUCUAUCGAGUCGGACAAGGGAAUUUAGAGAAAAGAGAACUUAAACGUGAACUCGCUUGGUCACGGAUACACCUAGUCCCCCUCAUAUUAGCUGAACAGGAUCGUGAUACCUACAGACGACAUGAAGCCGCUGUAGCUCGUGAAAAGGAGAUCAUGAAGGAUGUACCGAAUUGGGAGGUCGGGAAGAGCGUGUAUAACACUAAGAGGUACACCCCGAAUACUAUCGUGGUCUUGUAG